AUGUUUGCCUUGUUUUUGCUCAUGCAAUGUUGUGUGGUAAUGGGGCCACAUACUCCCCAUCACUCUCAACAUCCAGCUGAAGCUGAAUUGGAACACCAAAAAAUUAAACUGAUUAAAACAACUGAAGAAAAAUUUAAAACAUUAUUGGAACCAACUCUUGAAUUUGAUGGUACUGAUGAACAGAUUAAGAAUCGUAUAGAAAUUUUUGAAAAAGAACGUUCUACAGAACCUGUUGAAUCAGUCGAGGAAGUUAUCGAAAUUCUCAACGAAUUUUUGAAAGCACGAGAAGAAAUAAAACUUCCGGAAAUGGAUACAACCACGAAUUUUAUUGUUCAAACCAAUCCAUUUCUGCCAGAUCCGACUCCUGGAGCAGUUAAAAGUCUGGAAGAAGCGCUAAUAAAGCUGAAAACGAGUAAAACCCCCGAGCAUUACAAUGAUUUAUUUAAACAUCUUAAAGCUUUUUGGCUUGUGGAAAAAGCGGUCAGUAAAAUCUAA